CUCAUGACGAGACUGCUUUGUUUUCCUGUCAGAGUUUUAGAAAUCGUGAAAAUUUAGACAAUAUCACCAUAAGAAGAGAAAACAGGUGAACAACAAACAUAAAAGCCCAUGGCGUCGGCUCCAACGGUUUCCCCGGGACCCUCAGGAGCAGGAACUCCAGACAGUACCAAAAGAAAACGGAAAGGACCGUCAGGAAAAGAAUCCGACGAUGAUGACAGUCAGCAGGGCGGGUCGUUCACACAGGACCAAGUGGACAAGGAGCGGUUUGCCAGGUUGGAGAGCCACUGUGAAAUUGAACGACGUAGAAGGAACAAGAUGACCACCUACAUUAAUGAGCUUUGUGACAUGGUUCCCACCUGCAGCACAUUGGCCAGGAAGCCAGACAAAUUGACCAUUCUCAGGAUGGCUGUGUCCCAUAUGAAAACGCUCCGAGGAACAGGCAACACCAAUUCUGAUGGAUCCUACAAACCUUCCUUCCUCACUGACCAGGAACUCAAACACCUUAUUUUAGAGGCAGCAGAUGGUUUCCUGUUUGUGGUGCAGUGUGAUACAGGGCGGAUAAUUUACGUGUCAGAUUCUAUCACACCCGUUCUCCAUCAGUCACAGACUGAAUGGUUUGGUAACACCUUAUAUGAGCUGGUUCAUCCCGACGACCAGGAGAAAGUCCGGGAACAACUGUCCACAACCGAAUCUCAAAACACUGGUCGCAUCCUCGACCUUAAGACUGGAACAGUAAAGAAAGACAGCCACCAGACCUCAAUCCGGUUAUGUAUGGGAUCACGUCGUGGCUUUAUAUGUCGUAUGAAGAUGGGUAAUGUACAAGUGGAUCCAAUGACUGCUAACCAUUCCAUACGUAUCCGACAGAGAAACACGCUGGGACCUUCUAUAGACGGAAAUCACUACACUGUCGUUCAUGUCACAGGCUACAUCAAAAACUGGCCACCAUCAGGUGUACAGAUUGACCGGGACACAGACGAGAAUGGUGGAGGUCACUGUUGCUUGGUGGCUAUUGGACGCCUCCAGGUGACCAGUACACCCAACUGUAAUGACCUCAUGGGACCAAAUGCAGCUACAGAAUUCAUAUCUCGGCACAGUAUCGAGGGAAAAUUCACGUUUGUGGAUCAGAGAGUAACAGCUGUAUUAGGUUAUCAGCCACAGGACCUCCUAGGGAAAUCAGCUUUUGAUUUUUACCAUCCUGAGGAUAAGGGUCACAUGAAGGACACAUUUGAACAAGUGCUAAAGUUGAAAGGACAGGUAAUGUCCAUCAUGUACAGAUUCAGGGCCUGCAAUCACGACUGGGUGUGGCUACGGACAAGCAGCUUCAGCUUUCAGAACCCAUACACCGACGAGGUGGAAUAUAUUGUCUGUACCAACACGUCAGCCAAAAGUGCACAGCAAGGAGCCUCAAGUGCCGGCCCUGCCUCUAACCUGACCACAACCCAGGAACAAGUGGCCGAAACCAACCAACCAAUCACGUACAACACCCCGCCCCGCCCUCUGGCCUCGGAAACUAUCAACAACAUGUCCACCAAACAGCCUGACUACGAAUCCUAUAACUACAAUACAGUCAUGGGAGCUGGAAGUCGACAGGUUGGUAGACCGGACAUGUACUCCACAUACAACUCCCCUAACCAGCAGAUGAAGCAGUAUCCUUCCCAGAGUGUGGCUGCCAGUAUGCCUUUGUCUCAACAGACCCAGGGAUCAGGGGUCAGACGCAGCCCCAACCCCUCAGGAAGCUGGCCUUCCCAAGGGGGCUUUACUCAAACACAGGCUGGAACUGAUUUUGGGGGCAAUCCAGCAGCAGGAUACUCACAGAUCAGCCCAAACAGUUCUUCUCCAGCUGGUGGACCUACCUACACACAGCUAGGAGGGGGGUCACAGGGAGGUGUGCCUAACUCGCAGUCUAACAGCUUCACACACCCAUCUCCUGCUGGUGCUGCAGGGACAGGAAUGUGGCCUCCCUCACACUGGCAGGCUGGGGCUGGAGAUGCCACCCAGACCCAGCCACAGACAGGACCACAGGGGCCCACACCAGGGCAAGGGCAGGCCCCACCCAACCAGACUCAAUCUACCAACCCACAGCAGCAGCAACAAGCUCCUCAGAAUGAAGAGUUUAGUGAUAUGUUCCGUAUGCUCGACCAGCAGGGAGGGCCGGAGUUUAGUGAUUUGUCGGGCAUGUUCAACACAUUUACAGACUGAUUUCUGUUCCUCUCCAUGUUUUAAGUCUUUAUAGUAUACCAGGGAGGGCCGGAGUUUAGUGAUUUGUCGGGCAUGUUCAACACAUUUACAGACUGAUAUCUGUUCCUCUCCAUGUCUUUAUAAUACAGUAUAUUGGUAUACAUUUUGUUUAAUUACUGUUCCUCCACUGUAGAUACAAGUUGAUAUGUUGAUAUCACUCUACUCCAACAUCUUAGGGGAUGUCAUUCACUGCAUCUGUUCAUGUUGUAGUGUAUAUGAUUUUGCCAUAACUCUUUCUAUCAGUACAGGUUGUAUUUUUGUAAACUGUUUUGGCGUAAUUAAUCCAUUUUAGGAUUCAUAACCAACAUGUAUCUGAAGCAAUUUAGAGCAUUUUUAAACUCUUAACAAAUGUAAAUGUGGCUCUAUCUACUGUUUUAGAUAUAACUUGGAAUUGAUCUGAUAAGCAAUGGAGUGAAUGAUGGGCGAGUACUUUUCAUGUGUGGAUACGUUUUGCAUAAUUUUCACCAUUCUGUGUUAUUAUGUUGUACUGGGGUUGUAUUUAAGGAUUUGUAUUAUUGGGGAGGUGUAGAGAAAUCUAUAAUUAGUCUUGUGCAAUCUGUUUUUUCAUCUUCUCAAGACUAUCACCUUCGAUUAAUAAAAGACACAUUUAUAGACCAUGAUCAUAUUAAUCAUUGAUGUUUUUCCACUUAAAUUGCAAAAGAAUAUUCAUUUAAUUUUACAUGUUAAACUGAUUUGUUGAUAUUGUAUAUGUAAAAUCAUUGUGAUGUUGGAAUCAAUUUCGACAGAAGAAAACAUUAAGAUCAGGUAUGCGGUCAUGCUUGAUGCUUUUUAAAUUCUGUCAAAAUAAUCUGAUUUCUGAAAUAUAAUGAUUUUGAAAAUAUGGAAGAAAAAUAGGAAACUAAGGAUAUAUGCUGUCUGACAUAAUUUUGUUUGUGUUACGUCCUAUAUAAAUCAAUAUAGUUUUAAAGCAUUAUCAACUCAAGAGUUAUUUCACACCAUACUAUCAAUUUUAGUGUUUGCAUACACCUUUCAGAGGAGUAAUCAAUAAGUUAUCAUCAUUACGGGUCAUGGAAGAUUCAUUUGUAAGAUUUGUUGUUUAGAAGUCUUCUGAAAUAGAUAUUUGGUUUAAGGUAGCAUGCAUCUUUAAUAUAUAUUUCAGCAUCCUUAAAACAUCAAAUUUGUAUUUAAGCUAAAUAAAUAAUUAUCAUAUUCCCAUCAGGUUUCAAAUGAAUAAGGCAGAGGAUUUAUAUGUAUGAUUGAUACAUGGCUUUAAAAAUUAUUAAAUUUUACAGAAUAUGUCAGAAUCUUUUAUAUCAAAAUAAAAUCUGCAAAAAUAUUUCUUUUUAUAACCUCUUUAUGUAGACAGUAUCUUCUAUUGUAUCGUAAAGGACUUAAGAUGUUAUAAUACAAAUAUUUCCUGAAAUAUCUUAAGUCUUCUAAAAGAUGUUUGUAAACAUUUUUCUCUUGAAUCAGUUAAUAUUUUUUGUCGAGAAUGUUUUUUCUCGCUCUGAUUGAAUUGUUUGAUGGUCAUGAUGGAAUAAGAAAAGGAGCUAUAGUUGAUUGUUUAUAUUGUUAGAUUUUAGCUUCUAUUUAUUACCGAAAGCUGAGCUUACAGAUGAGGUAUUGGUCACAAUAAUUCUCUUUUAAAGAAAUGUACAUAUUGUUUUUGAAAUGAAGGAUUCCACUGUUAACAAUAGAUUGUGCAUUGAUCAUUGCAUAAUUAACGUAACAUUUUAGAAUUUUUGAUUAUAGCUGCAAUAGAUUUUAUAGUGCAAUAGAGAUGAUGAAGAAAUAGUAUUGAAUUUAAUUUUUAGUAAAUAACAUAUGAAAUAAAGGUUUUGAAAAAAAAAUGGGCUAAAAAUUGUAUUUAAACUAUGUUAUAAAUGUAGAGAAAUUGUGCCAUAUUUUAUUGAAAAAAUAAAUUUUAAAAUGAGUUACUUUAUACAAGCUCUUUUAAUAGAGUAUUGAUUAGAAAUAGCUGUGUUUUAUCAAUGGGGUUUAAAAAAAAAUAUGCUAUUAAAACUCAAUCUCCUUUGCUUUUAUGCAAUUUGCUACUUUUCACAAAAGGUUUUUAAGAAUGUGUUUUGCGAUUUCAUGGUUCCUUAAUUAUAAAAAAAUAAAGGUACUUAGAUCAUACAUCCAGUUGAGAAGAAGUUAUCAUCUUUACAAAAUAUGCAAUUUGUAAAAUGAAGACUUCUCAAAAAAGUGAAUAUUCUGAAAUAAGAAAGAAAUAAAAAGAAAACGUUUAAGUAUUAUGAGUUUGUUUCUGAAAUUUUAAGUCACAUUGAGUGUUUGGUGCUUAAUAGAAAUUACUGUAGUGCUUGUAAACAUUCUUUGACUUUAUUUGUUGUUAGUCGUGUAAUAUUCCCAGUAGAUUAGAAGUAGAUACACACACUGGCUAAUGUAUCCAGAGUAUUUUGUCAAUAUAGUUUGUUACAUGAGUUGUUGUAUAUUUUUAGACUUGUGAUAUAUGUAACUUUCAUAUUAGAGAUGUCAGAUUGUUGGUAACUUGAUUUAUAUUAUUUUAUACAGAAUUUUGUUAAUUUGUUUUCGUCCAUUCACAUGUUUUUUAUUAGAUAGUUGAUUAUCUAUAUAGAUAUUACUUUGCAUCUAAAGAUAUCAAUUUAACUUCUGAAAUAAUGAUCAUGCUAUCCAUCUAAAAAUGUCAACUCUAUAUCUAUGGCAACACUUUCCAUGAUGGAAUAUUUGUAGUUUCAGUUUGUACAUUACUUGAAUUCAUAAAAUGUACACUUGUAUUUUGUUUGUCCAUCAAAUUUUUUUUUUUUUUUUUUUUUUUAACUUUUUAGUUUUACAUGCAUUUUAAUAGUAGAAAGUUAGGAAUCUGUCCUUCCAGAGGUAUAGAAGGAAGAUUUCACACUUCGAGACAGGACCACAUAAAACAUUAUAACAUCAUUCAACAUAACCAUACCACAAUAGGCAGUGUCAUCACUUUGACGGGCACAUGUAAACAUGGCAGCACUAUGUUCUCCAACAAAGAAUUAUUAGAAAGUUUAUAGUGUAACAAAUGACUAUAUGAUCUGUUGAUUAAUGUUUUGGAUCAUUAUUACUGCAUCAUUCAUUAACGAAUAUUGAAAUCAUCCUAAAUUAUUCACAAAUGAAUUUCUGUCUGUGACAGUUCAUUUCUAUAAAUUCUUUAUUGCUAUCUCAUCUAACCAGAAGAUAGUUGGUAAUUGUCUAAACUAAAUAAAUACAUAUCAUUUUGCAAAUUGCGAUAUUAAAUACUGUUAUCAUUAUGAAACUAAAAAAUAAAAAUAUGGGGUAUAGAGUUAAUAAGUCCCCUAGCAGUGAAACUGAGGGGACUAAAUGUUUCCUCUCUAUCUGUCUUGUACAUACGUACCAUGUGUACGUAACGCAAAAGUUUGUUAGCGUUCCAGCAGCUUCCUUCCGUGAGGAUUUUAAUCAAACUUCACACAAUAAUAAAGGACCAUAAUAUCUUGGACAAGGAAGAAUUUCUGAGUUUUUGGGUCAGGUAAAGGUCACUGCGACUGUUUUAGUGGGUAGAGAACAUGUAUUGCUAAUAGCAAUAUCAAGUAUGCUUGUGGUAUUUGAUUAUACUCAAAAUUUACCAAAUACAUGUUUAUUAUAUUGUGAAUUUCAAAUGAAGAUGUGAAAAUUUUUCUCCAUACUUGAUUCUAUCUAUAUAGCUGUUCUUUUGAUGUGAUGUACUUUUCUUAUUGACAUACAAUUUGAUUGUUUUUCUUCAUGAUUGUUUGAAUCUAAUGCAUGUUUUUGGGAAGAUUCUAUUGCAACUUUUUACUGUAAAAUUAGUCAUUUUAAUGAGUCUAAACACAAACAAUGUUGUUGGUAGAAUAAGCUGCAUAUGAAUAUAUAAUGUGCAAAUUGGUCAAAUGCUCCAGAAAAAUAAAAACCUUGAAGAGGAAAAUUUUCGGUAUUCAGAAAAAUCAGAGAACUCAAGCUUAAUGUCCUGAAGUAACCAAACAAUUGUUUGUGAUUGCCUUCCUAGCGACUUAAAAAACUUUUCUUACAGACAUGCAAUGGACGCAUUUGGACAAACAGGGUUUCUUUGUGUAAAAAGUGUCGCUAUAUUUCCCAUACCCAAUUUUAUCAUUCUUACAGUAAAUUUUGUAGAGAUUUUUUUAUCCUUAUCCCUUUCACUGUGAAUAUUUUGUAUAAACAGAUUGAUUCUGUUGUCAAUUGGAGUACUGUAAUUCUGUAAAAUUGAAAUUUUGCUAUUAAAUAUUAUAACAAUAA